GAACAUGCCUCCCAUGUCCCAGACUAGCUACCGUGUUCUCCCAGCAAUCAAAAUCCCAUCCUGCCCAGAGGAACCAAUGACCCGGGCCGAAAUUCCAGUGUCAGAGGCCAUGAUGUCCCACCCUCAGUGGAGACUCAUCAAAAAGGUCCUGUUGAGAAAGAACAAGAGCGUCACUGAGCUGCAGAAGCGCUCAGAGGAGAUGAUGGAGUGGGUUCUCCAGGUGGCCAAUGAGGGGGUGCUGCCUGCUAUGGCCCUUUACCAGGUCCUUCACCUCCGCCAAGACCCACUGUCUGCCGCUACCUCCCACAGCAGCGGCAUCUCCACACGCAACAGAUCUUCUUCGUCUCCUCAGUCCAAGGACCGGGCCUCUUCUCAGGGCUCAGCCCAGCCUGAUGUCCCCGAGGGGAUCAUCUCAGAGAAGUCCCACCCCCUGCUGGAAAGUGGGCUGGGAUCCAGGCCACAGGACAGGCUAUCGAGUGGGAAGCCUCCGACACCCCUUUACCCCAGUAGUCCCACAGGGGAGGAUAUCCUUGCCACGGCAUCCCUCACUGUGGCAGAGAUCAUCGCCAAGUUGAAGGGAGUGAUGGCGAGAGACGAGGACAGUGAAGAGGCGAAGCUGUCUGCCAUUGUAGAGGAGCUCUGUGACUCGGCCAUGGAGAAGGUGAUGGACGAGUUGGUGCUUCACCACCCCGGCAGCUCCUUGUCUGAAUUCUAUACGACAAGUAUCUCUGAGGACCUGAUCCUGAAAACCUGGCAGGACGCCAAGGAGAAGAUCCAGGUCCUCGCCGACAUCCACACUGACGCCGUCAACGAGCAGAUGCCCCCGCGGCCCCUGUUGUCUUCCAACACCAACACGUCAGAGGUCGUCUUCCACAGGGAGAAAAAGGAGGCUGAGAAGAUGGCCUCAUUCCUCAUUGGCAGUGUGGCGGAGGCAGAGGAGAUGGAAAAGGCUAUGGCAUCGCCCAGGCCCAGCUGUGUGACAGCGGUAUCGAGCGGCUCCGGCCACAGCUCGGCCAGCAGCAUUGGACGGAUCAGAUGCGAUAGCGAGCCUCACAACCCUUCAUCCCAGAGGGAGAGCCUCUCUGGCAUCCUGGCCCACCACACCCUCUUCCAGAGACAGGGCGUUUUCACCACAGAGGAGAAGCUGGAGCUGGUGAGGCUGGUGGGGGGCAUCCUCCAGGGGAUGGUGGCCAGAGAAAGACGCUCUUCCCUGAACCAGCCCCAAGACGCCGACACGGCCUCCCUGCCCCAGAACAUCUCCAGCGCCUGCAACAUCAUCCACAUCGUCCUGGAGAACUUCAGCACAGCUGCGGAGAUGAUUAGAGAAGGAGAGGUGGACUUCCUGCAGCCACGCGGUAAUGACUUCAACCUGUUAGUGGAGUGCGUGAGCGAGUCCCUGCUCAGCCAGGUUACGGAGGAGUUGGAGGCCCUGCGGAGGAGGAACCAGGGGGUCAGCAGUGGGAGGAGCAGCAGGAGGAGCCGCAGCCAGGGAGAGCUGCUGGGGAACUGGGUCGAGGGAAAGGAGGAGAAGGAGGCCUGCACACUCUCGUGUCAGGAAAGCUUCCUUCUCUGCGCCCAGCAGGAGGAGAGGAGAUCAGAGGAGGAGUGCAGCUCGGCUAGCGACGAGGAGAAGGAGAAGCAGCAGAAGGAGGAGGCCAGGUCAGCCUCCAGGAGCCCUAGCCCCAGGAGCCCUAGCCCCAGGAGCACUAGCCCCAGGAGCCCUAGCCCCAGGAGCACUAGCCCCAGGAGCACUAGCCCCAGGAGCCCUAGCCCCAGGAGCAAGGCAAACAGUCACAACCUCAACCUAACUGCUCACAAAAUGCUGGACACCGUCGCGCGGAUGGCCUACUGGGCCUCCAGAUCAGUCUCCAAUGAUGGAGGCUGCGAAAAUGACAAAGAAGGCUCCUCCGUCGGGUGGUUGGACCAGGCUGAGUACGACCUGGGCCGCCUGCUGGCCUCCCACAGCAUGUGUACCAGGAUGUUGCAGGCGAGGAUCCAGAGCAUCUCCAUGGAGCUGAUCGGCUGCCUCUAUCAGCUGCUCCUGGACACGCAGAUGGGACGACUCCCCUCGACACGCCGCUGCCGCUCCAAGCCCAACGUCCAGAACCCGGAGGCCAAGCAGCACCUGGACUUGGAGGUCUUCACUCCAAUGCUGUACAAUUUUAUCCACUUGGCUUUCAAGAAACUGAUGGAGAACUUCCUUGGCCUGACCAACUCGCUUCCGGACGAAUGUGUGCUGGUGAACGACCACCUCAAAUGGAUGUGUAAGAAGGACAGGACCGACUCCAUCAGGGAUGUAUCUUGGGAGAGCAGCGACAGCAGCGACAGCAGCGAUAGCAGCGACUGCACGUCUCUGGAAGGGUCCUACUGCAUGAUGCCGAGCCCCAGCCAAGGGACUGUGGGUAGGAACCGGCCAUCUUCCUCUGUCAGCCAGGACCAGAGGAGGGCACUAGAGGCCAUUUCUGAGGUGUUAACCAUCAAAGUGGGAGGUGUCCUUCAGUGUUCUUGCAAUGACCCAGAAAAAGUAAUGGCCAUUGUCAACAAAGGCCUUGAUGCUGAGGUCAUGGCCAGGAUAGAUAACCUUAGCAGCUCCUCCUCUGCAGCCACAUUAGGAAGUCUCGACCCAGAGUUGAGUUCAGGUUUCACUAACCUAGAAGAAGGCCAGUCUGAGAAGGCUGAUAUCGUUGUCCCCGACAACAACAAUGUUGACUACGUUUAUGAUUUCCAUGAAGAAGAAGAAAUGUCAGAUAGUCUGUCCAAAGGCAUCAACAUUGCCAGGCAAAUAAAUCCCAAGGGAGAUGGGAAAGAUGAUGGAGCUUCUGGUCUCCCUGAGGUGGUCCAGGUGCUUCCCUGGUUGCCCCUGAGACCCUCUGAGACCCCCUCCCUGCAAACCUUGGAGAUUCGCAUCCAGGAGAAGGUCUGGAUGCCCUCCGGGCCCAGUGCCCUGCACCACCAGACCCUGCGGGACCUUCUGCACGGUCUGAUGGUCCGCCUGGCCCUCCAGGAGUCCCCCUCAACCUCCAGCGCCCCCACCUUCUCGCAGCUAGAGGCAACUCUCCUUCAGGAAGUGGGCUGGAUUCUCCAGACCCAAGACGGGAUCAGCCUCGUCCUGGAGCACCUGCCCCAGAGCCCUUUCUACAGUGGCCCAGACGCCCUGGACGCCAUGUUGGAGGCGGCCUACGCUAAGCUGUCGCUCAGCGCUAACAGCAGCAGGGCCCAGCUCCGCUCCGCUCGCCACGGAGAAGCGGGAGCCAUUUGUGGCCUGGCUGAGACCAUCGCCACGGUGAUCUGCCGCCACGCCGAGGAGUGGCGCGCUCCUGCCGUGUCCGAUCUUAGCGUCCAUUUUGAGAAGGAGAAUGUUAAGAACUCUGCUGGCUUGGAAAAGGCCGGUGGAAGCUCCAGCUCCUUGUGUGAGGAUGUGAGGAUACAUGACGGAUCUGAGAUGGAGUCUUCUGGCUUGGUAAAGGCCAGUGAGACCCACAUGGAGAUUAAAGCAGAUGGAAAGGUCAAGAAGAGAUGUGACAGAUUUGGUUUGGUAAAGGCCAGAGAGUGUCCCUUCUCCAGAUCACCAGAGGAGCUGAGGAGCUCCAGGAAGCAGAGAGCUGCAGACCCAGGCUUGGUGAAGGCCUGGGAGAAGAUCGACAGGUCUUCUGAGGAGGACUCUGAGGGCGAUAGCUCCUCCUCAUCCUCUUCCACCUCCCAGUCCUGCCACUCCUCCUCCUCAUCCUCCAACUCUGUUUUAUCCCCCUCUGUGCCCUCCCAAACCUUCAACAGCUCUUCCAUCUUCCAUUCCAAUCUGGGCCGUCGUGGAAAGACCAAACUCUCCAGCCUCCAAAGAUGGUUCACAUUGAUGAGAAAGAAGACCAAGGCUGUUACCAAGGUUACACCGAAUAUGUCUGCCAAUGGAAAAAAGAAAAACCAAAAGACCAACUCAGUUACUCCCCUCAACGGUGAAAGCCCAGAUCUUGCAGAGUCCUCCAGCGUCCCAGGAGAAGAGGAACAGAAACAGAAGAAGAAGAAGUCCAUUAAAGGCUUCUUCCACAGGAUCUCUGCAGCUCUCUCCCAGGUGUUCUGCUGUAGCUGCACGACUCACCAGUAGAGGGAGCCGCCUGCUCGCUGACCUGACUGCAGCGAGGACCUGUCACUUUCCCACUCUGAUCUUUUUUUCACUUUUGAUCUUUUUUUUCA